UGCGGUUUGUUCGCUUCAUUGAAGCCCACCUUGUAGACCUCUUCGUUCCCAUGUCGAGCAAGCAGCGCACAGCCUCGCCCGUGCCGAAGACGGCGGCGAAGGCCAAGGAACCUGCGCGGGCGCCGCGGAAGCAGCCCGAGGAGCCUCCAGCGCAGGUCCAGGGGCCUCCAGAGCAGGCGCAUCCGGUGCAGGCCGAGCCAGCCAGCAUCCAGCCACCUGUGGAGAAGCCAGUGCUGAAAACACGAGGAUCAAUCUAUGCGCUGGAGCCCAACAAGAAGUGGGUGCAGCCCAGCCUGGCCUUUGUCAAGUACGGAGUGACCAUGUGCCUCACUGCGGGCCUGUGCUUCCUGUGGCAGCCCUCCUUCAAGACCUUGCGCCUGGUGUACACGCUUAUCGGAGCCGGCCUUCUGCUGUACCGCAUAUAUUACUACGCUUACAAGGAGUGGAUGCUGUACUUUAUUGAUCUUUGCUUCGUGAACAGCAUCCUUCUGAUAUGGAGCCUGUGGUAUUGCACGGAAGGCCAAUGCUCCAAGGAGUGGCUGCUGGCGGUGUACAUGAUGGCGCAAGGCCCGGUGGCCGGCGCCACCUUCCCGUUGCAGACCCCGCUCACACUGCACCAUCCCGAGGCUUUCGAGAGCUUCUUCCUGCAUGCCUCGCCGAUGUGGCUCUCCUACGCCGUGCGAUGGCGGUGGACAGACGCGCUUCUGCAGCCCACGCCUUCGGUGGGUGAGCUGGUGUCGGCUGGGCUCUACAAGUUGUACUUGCCCUGGAGCAUCUCAUACCUGUCGUUCCUGUUGCUGCAGCCGUUCCUUCCGGACCGGCUGGCCGGCCUCGAGACAUUGAUGGACGGCUUCAUCUUCCCGGCGGCCACCAAGACCUUACGCUUACAGGGCAAGCGCAAGAAUUACCUCUCCUUCGCCCCGACUGUGAUGGCGGCGACCCUGGCACACGCCUUGCUCUCAGCUUCGGGACUUCUGGCUGCAGCGCUGGCCUUUCAGCAUCACUCAGUUCAGGUGGCAUGGAUCGCCUGUGUGGUGCUGGGCUGCCUGGUCUCCGGCUUCCGGUUCUACCACCUCUGUGCCAAUCCGGAGCUUGAGCCGGCGGGUUUCUACAAGGGCUUCCUUCACAUGAUCUUGGCUUGGGCCGUGGUGUUGCCCACCUACUUCUACGCCGAGAUGACAGCGCAGGACGUUUGAGUGGCCGCAAGCUUCACAUGACACUUGGAACAGAAUUCAAUAAACCUUUCGAACACUUACGGAUAAAUUGACAGU